AUGGGAGCGCAGCCACCGUUACCUAAUCCACUCACGUGUGAAUUUUUUAUUCUCAUUUUCAGGCCAAACGUUCUCAGCCACCCAGUCGUCCACGUGACAACGCCGAACGCCAUCAUCGACACUUUCAUCCCGCUGACGACGACGACCCAGGGCCCGCCACCGACGACCGCCCGCUCCUACUCCGCCAGCGCUCCGCCCAGCCGGAGUCGACAGCAGAUCAAUCGUGGAACGGCACCACCGCGGCUACGCCCGACUCUCAAACCCUCCACGGAGAUCGUAUCCAAGGUCCAGGAGUUCGUGGACAUCUAUCGAUUCCCGCCGGUGAGGCCGGCCCCCAUCUACCCGACGCCCCAGGUUGACAAACCCGCCGCCAAGUGUCGCAAGGACGUCUGCCUCCUUCCGGACUGCAGUUGCGGAGGCGCCGACAUUCCAGGGGAAUACCUGCCCGAGGAGAUACCGCAGAUCGUCCUUCUCACCUUCGACGACUCCGUCAACGAUCUCAAUAAGGGACUCUAUGCCGAUCUGUUCGAGAAGGGCCGCAACAAUCCCAACGGCUGUCCCAUCAGUGCCACCUUCUACGUCUCCCACGAGUGGACGGACUACAGUCAGGUGCAGAACCUGUAUGCCAACGGGCAUGAGAUCGCCUCGCACACGGUCUCGCACAGUUUCGGCGAGCAAUUCUCCCAGCGAAAGUGGUCCCGCGAGGUCGCCGGCCAACGAGAGAUUCUCUCCGCUUACGGAGGUGUUAAAUUGGAAGAUGUCAGGGGAAUGAGAGCUCCUUUCCUCUCGGUCGGCGGCAACAACAUGUUCAAAAUGCUGUGGGACACGAACUUCACAUACGACUCGUCGAUGCCCAUCUACGAGAACAGACCACCCAGCUGGCCCUACACCCUCGACUACAAGCUCUUCCACGACUGCAUGAUACCGCCGUGCCCGACGAGGUCGUACCCGGGACUCUGGGAGGUGCCGAUGGUGAUGUGGCAGGACCUGAACGGCGGCAGGUGUUCCAUGGGUGAUGCCUGCAGCAAUCCCCCGACCUCCGACGGUGUCUACAAAAUGCUGAUCAAAAACUUCGAGAGACAUUAUACCACCAACAGAGCUCCGUUCGGUCUGUUUUACCACGCCGCCUGGUUUACUCAGCCACACCAUAAAGAAGGCUUCAUCUCCUUCCUCGACACGAUUGUUGCUAUGGAUGAUGUUUGGGUUAUUACAAACUGGCAAGCACUUCAAUGGGUCAGGAAUCCCACGCCCCUUGCUCUCCUCGACAGAUUCGAGCCUUUUGGAUGUAAUUUCCAGGAUCGACCGAAGAAGUGCAACAACCCGAAAGUAUGCAACCUGUGGCACAAGAGCGGCGUGCGCUACAUGAAGACGUGUCAGGCCUGUCCGGACAUCUAUCCAUGGACCGGUAAGACGGGGAUCCGCAGCAGUCGCAUCGACAACGACAUCGACGGCCACGAAUGAGCGGCGCCGUCUAUCACACUUCUCUCGAGGCUGCGGCCAACGGUAGAGUGAGAGCGAGCGUGCGUGUAAAAAAAGAGAUAAAUAGAGGUAGUGAGGGAGAGAGCAGUGAGAAAGAGAUGUUGACGAGAGCGCGGUGGGAGGGGUGGGGAGGAAGAAAGAAAACACAAAAGCCUUUACCGAAGGUUCGCUAUACGCUAGACGUGUUUUUCGAAUCUGUUGUUCUAUUGAGUGAUGAGUGAGUG